AAAUUGAACCUUUGGAAAUUUUGUAUAGCUUGCCCAUAGAAACCAAAAAGUAAAAAUGAAGAUUGAACUUGACUCCUUUUCCGGUGCUAAAAUCUACCCAGGUAGAGGUACUUUGUUUGUCAGAGGUGACUCCAAGAUUUUCAGAUUCCAAUCCUCUAAGUCUGCUUCCUUAUUCCACCAAAGAAAGAACCCAAGAAGAAUCUCUUGGACUGUCUUGUACAGAAGACAACACAAGAAGGGUAUCUCUGAAGAAACUUCCAAGAGAAGAUCCAGAAAGACUGUCAAGAACCAAAGAGCCAUUGUCGGUGCUUCUUUGGAAUUGAUCAAGGAAAGAAGAUCUCAAAAGCCAGCUGACAGAAAGAAGGCUAGAGACUCCAAGCUCGCUGAAGACAAGGAAGCCAAGAAGGCUGCCAAGGCUGCCAGAAAGGCUGAAAAGGCCAAGUCUGCUGCUUCCGGUACUUCUUCUUCUAAGUUCUCUAAGCAACAAUCCAAGGGUGCUUUCCAAAAGGUUCACGCCACCUCCCGUUAAGAAACUAGAUAGUAAUAUUAAUUUCAAAUCGUGAUGGUUAGGUUCUUUUAAAAUAGUUCUCUUAAUGUAUGUCUAAAUUAUAGCUUUAUGUUGUAAAA